UCUAUAUUUAGGAGUAGUUCAUAAUGAAAAGAAAAAGAAAAAGAAAAAGUGAGAUAUGAUUAGGUUAGGUCCAUGUAUGUGACACGUUGUUACCUCGGGAAGAAUAAUUACACGAUUACCUAAAGCAAUUACUACCUCCUAUUAGGUUUAGUAGGUAUUUCAGGGGACCUGACCCGAUGUUACACUGCCUUACCAUUUACCCCUCCCUUCCAUUCUUUGAUCCACAUCACUUUCUGCACAUAGUAAAUAGCUUCAUUUCUUUACGCAGUAGCUUCAAUCGCUGUUAUCCCGAUUCGUACGCUUGUAACUAGGAAUUGAGCUUGAUAGGAAAGAUUUAGGCAUCGUCUCUCUGAUUUGAGAAUCCAUCUUGCCCGCCUACGUUGAACCAGCCUUAUCCAAUUCAGCCUCGUACCUAAAUGUGUAGCUAGCCAAGGCUACCUACCUGUUAGUCCCGGCUCCUACAUAUGUACCUUGUCAAACCCUUGCUCGAGUCUAUACUUAUUCUAGCUAGCCUCCACGACGUGUUUGUACCGGUUCACGAUUUAGUUCGGCGCUAUAGGCUCUUAUUUCCACGUCGGCAUGGCAGUUGAUCCAAGAGUUGCGGAUAUCAUCCGCGGCAAGAAGUUGCACUAUUGCCUAUGUGCUGACACUAGCCGAUGGCACCUUUUUGAGAACGUGGCCCUGCCCGAUGCUACCUUUUCCUACUAUGAUAUGGACGGGUCUUUACUGGGCAGAGACGGGGUUGACUGGAGUUGGCCUACAAGGGAUGAGUUUGUAACCUAUUACGAAAAGACGUUCAGCAAGAGCCAGACUAUACACUCUGUAGGUGCUUCAGCUUUCGAGCAGAUUAGCCCAGAUGAAGUGAAAGCUACAUUCAGCGUCAUUUGUCGGGUCGCACUGGACGAAGAAAAGCAGGGAACGGGCGGGGGGUAUUACUUCGAGACGUGGGUUCGGAAGGAUAACGACUGGUUCAUGAAGUCUUUAAGAUUUGAAAGAACCUAUUGGCACGUAUAAGGCUUUAUCUCUGGGUAUCCAAUUGAGUACCUAGGUAGGUAGGCAGUCUCAAUCGAAGAUUGAUGGCCAAGUCUUGGCAUUUUGAACCUCGCCAAGACUUGGCCAUCAAUUUUCGAUUGCGACUGAAUGUCAACUCCUGAGCGAGCAGCAAUUAUGACGGAUUUUUGAUAGCUAAGGUUAUGAAGGGAAAACGCAACCAUACCUUAAGUACAAUACUUUCUACGAUAUCUGGGCGUAUAUCUGCUUUGUAGGUUUGGAGUUACCUUAUGAUGGAACUGAAUUGCCUGUUUUACUAUUUGUCUCCUCUUUAUCUCGAUCUAAUUAGCGUUCC